AUAUUUUGGCCAUAACAUCACUGUUGCAUCGAUUUGUUCCUGUCCCAGAUCUUCUCUCUCCAAAGUUGCUUUUUCCUGGCCGGGAAAGAAGAACACGGCGACGCAGAUAACCGGUCGUUUUCAUGGUGGGAGAGACUCUCUUUCUGGCGAAUUUUCUUCCAUCUCUCACGAAGUAGUUGGUAGGGAGGGACACGUGGAGUGAAGUGGAAGAAACACUAGAAAACUGAUCCGUGACGCUGUUUUGAUUAGCGACGAUUGCUGGUCUUUCCAGAAAGUUUUGACAAACCGUCUGAAGAAGAACUGCGUGAUUAUUGAAGUGGUGAACGAUUUAAGUGAGCCUCGAAUCAUUGGCUUCUGUGCCUUCUCUCCUGAGACAACAAUGGCGAACAUCUUCAAGACAUCCCCUUGCCGGCGCCGGAGAAGCGACUUGGAGUCCGGGGCCGGUGGCUCCGGCGACUCCGAUUUGGACCCAUUCGAAAUCCCACCGAAGAAUGCUUCUAUCGAGCGUCUGCGUCAGUGGAGGAAAGCUGUGUUCGUGCUGAAUGCCUCCCGGAGAUUCAGGUACACCUUGAACUUGAAAAAGGAGGAAGAAAAGAGAGAGAUGAGAAGCAAGAUCAGAUCUCAUGCUCAAGCUCUUCUGGCUGCAAAUCGUUUCAUAGACAUGGGGGGCCGACCGGAGGGCGGAAAACAAACAGCUCCUGCAAUCCCUGCUGGUGAUUUUGGAAUUGGACCAGAACAACUUGUAUUAAUGUCAAAGGAUCACAACAUAGCUGCCUUGCAACAAAAUGGAGGGGUUCGAGGCUUGUCGAAUUUGUUGAAGACAAACAUAGAGAGAGGUAUCCAUGGUGAUGAUGGUGACUUGCUCAAUCGCAAGAACACCUUUGGGUCAAACACCUAUCCCCGCAAGAAAGGAAAAGGGUUUCUGAGAUUUCUCUGGGAAGCUUUCCAAGAUCUCACUUUAAUAAUUUUGAUGGUCGCAGCUGUAGCUUCUUUAGUACUCGGGAUUAAAACAGAGGGAAUCAAAGAAGGAUGGUAUGAUGGAGGCAGCAUUGCCUUUGCAGUUAUCCUUGUUGUCAUUGUGACAGCUAUCAGUGACUACAAACAGUCUCUCCAGUUCCAAAACCUGAACGAGGAAAAGAGAAACAUACAUCUGGAGGUGAUAAGAGGUGGAAGACGAGUUGAAAUUUCAAUAUAUGACAUCGUGGUGGGUGAUAUCGUACCCCUCAACAUUGGUAAUCAGGUACCAGCGGAUGGGGUAUUAAUAACUGGCCACUCGCUUGCGCUCGAUGAGUCCAGCAUGACUGGAGAGAGUAAAAUUGUUCCAAAAAAUACUAACAAGGACCCCUUCCUAAUGUCUGGCUGUAAAGUGGCAGAUGGCAAUGGUAUUAUGUUGGUCACGGCUGUUGGUAUUAACACCGAAUGGGGAUUGCUUAUGGCCAGUAUUUCAGAAGACAAUGGUGAAGAAACUCCGUUGCAGGUUCGCCUUAAUGGGGUGGCAACUUUUAUUGGUAUUGUUGGUCUGUCGGUUGCUCUUGCCGUCUUGUUGGUACUUCUGAUCCGGUAUUUCACUGGCCACACUGAAGAUAUUAAAGGUAAUCCUCAAUUUGUCAAAGGGAAGACAAAACCUGGUCAUGUGGUUGAUGACGUAAUCAAGAUUGUAACUGUAGCGGUUACAAUUGUGGUAGUAGCAGUGCCUGAGGGACUUCCACUAGCUGUUACUUUAACUCUUGCUUAUUCAAUGAGGAAAAUGAUGGUGGAUAAGGCAUUGGUGCGAAGGCUUUCAGCGUGUGAGACGAUGGGUUCUGCCACCACUAUUUGCAGUGAUAAAACUGGAACUUUGACUUUAAAUCAGAUGACAGUGGUUGAGGCUUAUGCUGGGGGGGACAAAAUGGAUACUCCUGACGACAGCUCACAGUUGCCACCAGAGCUUAAUUCAUUGCUUGUUGAAGGAGUAGCUCAAAACACAACUGGUGGUGUUUAUGUGCCAGAAAGUGGUGGCAAUGUUGAACUCUCUGGUUCGCCAACAGAAAAAGCCAUCCUCGGUUGGGGAAUUAAGUUGGGAAUGGAUUUUGAUGCUGUGAGGUCGCAGUCUUCAAUUCUCCAUGUUUUUCCUUUUAACUCGGAGAAAAAACGAGGCGGUGUUGCUGUGAAACUGCCUGAUGGCCAAGUUCAUAUUCAUUGGAAAGGAGCUUCUGAAAUUGUUCUGGCUUCAUGCAAAAGCUACAUGGAUGAAGGUGGUAAUGUGACAGAAAUGACUGAAGACAAGGUUUCAUAUUUUAAGAAUGCUAUAGAAGACAUGGCUGCUAGAACUCUACGAUGUGUAGCAUUGGCCUACAGAACCUACGAGGUUGAAAAAGUCCCAACGAGCGAAGAAGAACUCUCAAAGUGGGUUCUCCCAGAGGAUGACCUUUGUUUGCUUGCUAUCGUCGGUAUAAAGGAUCCUUGUAGACCGGGAGUCAGAGAUUCAGUUCAAUUGUGCCAAAAUGCUGGUGUGAAGGUCCGAAUGGUAACUGGUGACAACCUCCAAACUGCUAAAGCUAUUGCAAUGGAGUGCGGAAUAUUAACCUCUGAUGCUGACGCCACCGAGCCUAAUCUCAUCGAAGGAAAAACUUUCCGCUCCUUGUCAGAUGAAGAGAGAGAAAAGAUAGCUAGCAAGAUAUCGGUUAUGGGUAGGUCAUCACCCAAUGACAAACUCCUGCUUGUCCAAGCACUGAAAAGGCGUGGCCACGUCGUUGCGGUAACUGGAGACGGGACAAACGAUGCGCCUGCACUACAUGAGGCUGAUAUUGGGCUUGCUAUGGGAAUCCAAGGAACAGAAGUGGCGAAGGAGAGCUCAGAUAUCAUUAUCUUAGAUGACAACUUCGCUUCAGUUGUUAAGGUUGUAAGGUGGGGUCGGUCGGUCUAUGCGAACAUUCAGAAAUUCAUACAAUUUCAGCUAACGGUCAAUGUAGCAGCUCUCAUCAUUAACGUGGUAGCUGCAGUUUCAAGUGGCGAUGUCCCACUCAACGCUGUGCAGUUGCUGUGGGUUAAUCUCAUAAUGGACACUCUUGGAGCAUUGGCCUUGGCCACUGAACCCCCAACUGAUCACCUCAUGCAUAGGCCCCCUGUCGGAAGAAGAGAGCCUCUCAUCACCAAUAUCAUGUGGAGAAACUUGCUCAUUCAGGCUGCAUAUCAAGUGAGCGUACUAUUGGUUAUAAAUUUCCGAGGAAAGGGCUUGCUGCAUCUGGAGCAUGAAGAUCCCGCUCAUGCUACCAAAGUGAAGAAUACCCUAAUCUUCAACGCUUUUGUCCUCUGCCAAGUCUUUAAUGAAUUCAACGCCAGGAAACCAGACGAGAAGAAUAUCUUCAGAGGUGUCAUUAAAAACCGCUUAUUCAUCGGAAUUAUAGCCAUAACUCUUGUUCUUCAGGUGAUCAUAGUGGAGUUCCUUGGCAAGUUUGCUUCCACGACUCCACUCAACUGGAAGCAGUGGCUGAUCUGUGUCGCCAUCGGCUUUAUCAGUUGGCCGCUUGCUUUAAUAGGGAAGUUCAUCCCUGUUCCCAAAACACCUUUCAACCGAGUACUCGCUCGUACAUUUAGGCCCAAGAAAAGAGCUUCUUCCGACAGUUCAUUGUCCACUCGUUGAGAACUGUCCAUUACGAACGACUUCCCGGAUAUCAACUAUAAGGCAGACACCAUCUUUCCUAACUUCUGACCUAAAGGGUUACUUAGCGGAUUCUUCUCUUUCUUUUUUCUCGUAUACUUUUCAAGGUCGUACAUUGGUGAGUAUCUACCUUUAGUUCGUUUGCUGGGCAUCGGUUCAUAUAUUUUCUUACACGACAAAACUUAAAGAGUUGCAAAUUUUUUUGAGUUUGUGGGUGGGGGGCGGAGGGAAGUGAAGUGGAAAUAUGGUCGUGUGUGGCCUUGGGUGUGAUUUACUCUACAACUCGUUGGACGAUUUCCAUUCAUACACGUAUUUGGGAGAAGAAUAUACAUCAUACAAUACCUGUUUGUUUUGCUCUUUUUAUCAACCUUUUUUUACA